AUGUCUGCCACCAUCAAUCCCCAGCUUGAUUACAACUAUGUUCCUAGCAAGACGACCGUCGAAGAAAUUAUUGUCGAUACCCCGAAAGACUUGACCGCCCUGACUGUCUUGACCGCCGAGGAUCUCGCCAUCUCCGUUAUUGUUCACGGGACUCGUGCUAAAGUCAUCAAAUACUCGAAGAAGGCCGAGAAGCAAUAG